AUGAAAAAAUAUGAUGCUAUUAUUAUAGGAGGUGGUCACAAUGCACUUGUGGCAGCCUGCUAUCUCAAAUAUAAAAACAUCUUGCUUCUAGAAAGAAGACAUAUAACAGGUGGAGCAGCUUAAACAGAAGAAAUAUAUCCUGGUUUUAAAUUCAGUCGAUUCUCAUAUUUGCUUUCAUUGAUGCGUCCAUCAGUAAUUAAUGAAUUGAAUCUAUAUUCACAUGGAUUAAAACUAUUUAGAAGACCUAUCUCCAGUAUUACAGUCACCAAAAAUAAAGGAGAGUAUCUGCUGAUGAACUCAGAUUCAACUUUUUGUAAAUAAGAAAUAGCCAAGUUCUCUAAAAGAGAUAGUGAAGUCUAUGAUGAAUACAACUAAUUCUUAUCAGAAAUUAUAGAUUUAUGGAGUUAUUAUUAAGAUAAAUAUCCUUAUGACACAUCUGCUAAAGGAUACAAUGUAAAGAAAAGUUUUGAUGAUCUUGGAUUGUUACUGAAGAUGGGAUAAGAUGGAUGGAAAAAUAAAGAUAAAGUAUAUGUUGUAUAUUUAAUUAGAUAUACGAUUACAUUUAAUUUAUGUCAUAAUCGUCAAGUUAAUUUUUAAAUAAAUGGUUUGAAUCUGACAUCUUGAAAGGAACACUCAUAACUGAUGGAAUCAUAGGUGAAAUGAUAUCUAUUGAUACUCCAGCUAGUGCAUAUAUCUUAUUGCAUCAUGUAAUGGGUGAGAUAUUCCCAAAUUCUAAGGGAGAAUGGGCGUUUGUUGAAGGUGGAAUGGGAUCUAUAUCUAAAAUACUUACUAAAUUGAAUGAAUAGAAGGGAGUAGAGAUCAAGACCAAUAUAGGAGUGGAACAAAUACUAACAUCUAAUAAUUAGGUUACUGGAGUUAAAUGUUCAGAUAAUAAUACCUAUUAUAGUGAUACUAUAAUAAGCAGUGUAACUCCAAGAAUCACCUUUGAGAAAUUGCUAUCAAAUGAUUAAUAAUAAAAGAAUCCUAAAUAUUUCAAUGAUGUUAAACAUAUGGAAUAUAAUGGAGCUUGUACUAAAUUUAAUUUUGCUGUAUCUGAAAUGCCUAAAUUUAAAUGUUUUGAAGGAACCAAAUAUGAAAACCCUGAAUCUGUAUUAAUUGGUACAACACAUUUAGGAUGUGAAAGAUUGGAUACAUUAAGAUAAGCAUACUAAGAUUGUAUAAAUGGAAAGUAUUAUUAAUUAAUCAUUUAUCUUAUAGAUCAUUUAGUGAUAAUUUGUUUGUGGAUUUAGUUGUUCCUACUGUUCAUGAUAAGACAAUAGCUCCAUAAGGGUAACAUAUAGUAUAAUGUUUGGUUUAAUAUACUCCUUAUAAGGCUAAUUGGAAUGAAUAAAUCAAACAAUAAUUGAAGGAGUAAGUUAUUGAUUAUAUUUCUCAAUAUGCUCCCAAUUUCAAGUAUCUUUUAUUUCCAUUUUAUUAGGAAAUCUAUACUCUAUACAGAUAUGGUUACACCAUAGGAGAUUGAGUAACUCUUGAAUAUGACAGAAGGCAAUAUUUUCCAUGGUGCUUUGACUUUGGAUAAAUUGUAUGGAAAUCGACCAAGUAAUGGAUAUAAUAGUUAUGGAACUCCUAUUAAUGGAUUAUUUUUGUGUGGUUCUGGAACUCAUCCUGGUGGAGGUGUUAUGGGGGCUCCAGGAAGGAAUUGUGCAUUGUAUAUUAACAAUUAUGUAAAAUGAG